GCUGCAUCCUUCUCGCACAUCAGCGGCAUGGAGAAUCCGGAGCGGAUCGGGUGUGUGGCCCGGGGCUACCUGGAGCCCUUCCGUCACUUCGCCACCGAGGCCAUCCACAGCGGGCAGGAACCGGAGCAAUGGAACUCCCUGGCGCUGGUGCCCCCCAUCUCCCUGUCCACCACCUUCAAACAGCACAGCCCGGGGGAGCACUCGGGCUUUGAAUACAGCCGCAGUGGAAAUCCUACAAGAAACUGCCUGGAGAAAGCUGUUGCUACCUUGGAUGGCGCCAAAUACUGUAUGGCGUAUGCUUCGGGUUUGGCUGCAACUCUUAAUGUUGUUCACCUCCUAAAAGCUGGAGACCAGAUCAUCAGUACAAGUGAUGUAUAUGGAGGCACAAACAGAUAUUUUAGAAGAAUUGCAACGGAAAUGGGGAUGAAAGUGUCAUUUGUUGACUGCACCAACCUGAAAUGUCUGGAAGCCGCAAUUACACCCGAAACAAAACUUGUGUGGCUUGAAACCCCAACAAACCCAACACUGAGUGUCAUCGACAUUCGAGGGUGCGCUGAUAUCGUCCACAAACAUAAAGAUGUCCUCCUGGCGGUAGACAACACUUUCAUGUCGGCAUAUUUCCAGCGCCCACUUGCCCUAGGGGCAGACAUUUGUAUGUAUUCAGCAACUAAAUACAUGAAUGGUCACAGUGAUGUUAUCAUGGGGCUGGUUUCCGUAAACUGUGACAAACUCUCCGAGAGACUCAAAUUCCUCCAGAAUGCACUCGGCGCCGUUCCGUCCCCGUUUGAUUGCUACCUCUGUAACCGCGGCCUGAAGACUUUACCUCUGCGAAUGAAGCAGCACUUCCACAAUGCGCUGGCUAUAGCCAUGUUUCUCGAGAAAGACCCUCGUGUUGACAAAGUUGUCUUCCCAGGGCUGCCAUCCCACCCACAGUAUGAGCUCACCAAGCGUCAGUGCACUGGUGUACCUGGUAUGAUCACAUUCUACAUCAAAGGCAACUUGGAACACGCCAAGAUAUUCCUCAAGAGUGUGAAGGUUUUUGCACUGGCGGAAAGUCUUGGCGGAUAUGAAAGUUUGGCUGAGCAUCCAGCAAUCAUGACGCAUGCCUCUGUCCCAGAAGAAGACCGGGUCCUCCUCAAAAUCAGUGACUCCCUUAUCCGUCUCUCUGUUGGCCUAGAAGAAACAGAAGACCUCAUUGGAGACGUGGAUCAGGCAUUGAGGGCUGCUCACCCAGGCUUGGAAAACCCGACCAAGGUGGAAGACUUGCUGAAACAUAUGAAGUUCAAUUGUUAAAUAUAAAAUCGUUCACAUUCUUGAAUGGUUUACAGAGAGCCAGCCAGGCAUAAUCGGCCUUACACAAGGGUCCUAAAUUAUUAAUCCAAAGGCCUACCAUUGAAAGGGUUACACUUAAACCCUUCAUAAAUCUUUAUUUAAUUUAUCUGAGAAUGACAUUUGGAGCCAAUGGUUAGAGGUGAGAAGCCCACUGGGGUUUGACAGUUGCUGCCCUGUCCUACCUAAACUGAUAGCAAAUAAGUAACAAUAAUGAUUGAAAACCGAGCACCUUGCAAUUUCUACAUUCCUUCUUUUUUUUUUCCUCUUAAUCUAUAGUAUAAUAUCUGUGCACACUAAAGCCAUAGGUGUGUGUGUUUAUCACCAUAAGCUCUGUAGUUGGCAGAGAAGCAACUGUCUGACUUUAGAUCAUUCCUUACUUCUGACUCCCAGCCAAGCUAUUUAUUUCCUUUGCUGACACAUGCACCAACUGUCAGCGCUGUAUAGCUAAGGCUACAUACAGUGCUGUGUUCCAGCAGCAGUACAGGGACUUCCCAUUCUUGGAACAAAACCAAGUCGGACCGAGAGCUGCUCAGCCAUUCACAGGAAGCUUUGCAUUUUUAUGAAUGAAUACAAGUCUUCCUGUAAAGGACUGAGAUGAAGAUUGUGAUGUCUGCCCACCUCUCCAGCCAGUCAGAGGAAGCCUUGUGUGUUUUUGAGUAUUUUCUUAUUUACUACCCAUGUGCUUUUUAAAAAGUGACGGAAUAAUAUGCCAAGUUUUUCUGGGCAACCAGUCAGAAUUCAGCUUUCAGUAAGUUAAACGAAGUCUGAUGGAAGCGGAUUUUCCACGGGCAGCCAUGGCUCGGCACUUGUGAUUGGUCUCUUAUGAAGUACACAGUAUUAUUGCUAAAAUUUCCAAAUGGCUUUUGGGGAGAAAAAGAAUUUAUAAAUAAAAUAUUUAAAGCCGAUUUA